UUUUGAUUACUGUUGCUACUGAUAUCUGAGCCAAAGUGAUGAUGCUACCUGAGGGAAAUUUCUGCAACCCAUAAGUCAAUGAUUAUACGAUUGUGAGCCAUGCCUUUAGUGAAGAGGAACAUUGAGCCCCGGCACCUGUGCCGGGGAGCCCUGCCCGAGGGGAUCACCAGUGAACUUGAAUGUGUAACCAAUAGUACUCUUGCCGCUAUCAUUCGCCAGCUAAGCAGUCUCAGCAAACAUGCUGAAGACAUAUUUGGUGAGUUGUUUAAUGAGGCUAACAACUUCUACAUCAGAGCAAAUUCUCUUCAAGACAGAAUUGAUCGCCUCGCUGUCAAAGUUACCCAGCUGGAUUCGACAGUGGAAGAGGUGUCACUACAGGAUAUCAACAUGAAGAAAGCUUUCAAAAGUUCCACAGUUCAAGACCAACAGGUUGUUUCAAAGAACAGCAUUCCUAAUCCUGUUGCUGACAUUUACAACCAGAGUGAUAAACCACCACCUCUGAACAUCCUGACACCAUACAGAGAUGACAAGAAGGAUGGGCUGAAGUUCUAUACAGAUCCUUCUUAUUUCUUUGACCUCUGGAAAGAAAAAAUGCUGCAGGACACAGAAGACAAAAGGAAAGAGAAAAGGCGGCAAAAGGAACAAAAGCGUGUAGAUGGCACCACCCGUGAGGUGAAAAAGGUUAGAAAAGCCAGAAACAGGCGCCAGGAGUGGAAUAUGAUGGCCUAUGACAAAGAGCUUAGACCCGACAACAGGUUGUCUCAGAGCGUGUACCACGGCGCGUCUUCCGAGGGAUCCCUGUCCCCAGACACUAGGUCCCAUGCAUCGGAUGUUACAGAUUACUCUUAUCCGGCUACUCCCAACCACUCUCUGCACCCCCAGCCGGUGACCCCUUCCUAUGCAGCCGCUGAUGCACCACCACAUGGGCCUGCAAGCCAGGCCCCUGAGCAUGAGUACCGGCCCCCCUCUGCCUCAGCCAGGCACAUGGCCCUGAACAGACCUCAGCAGCCACCACCCCCACCUCCCCCCCAGGCCCCAGAGGGGUCCCAGGCCUCUGCACCCAUGGCUCCAGCAGACUAUGGGAUGCUGCCAGCACAGAUCAUCGAAUAUUACAACCCAUCAGGACCACCGCCACCUCCACCACCCCCCAUGAUUCCAUCAGCACAAACUGCUUUUGUGAGCCCCCUCCAGGUCCCCAUGCAGCCCUCCUUCCCCACCUCAGCUGGCUCCACAUACUCAGCUGCCCCACACCCGCCCUCCACCGGGCUACUGGCCACGGCCCCGCCUCCCCCGGGCCCGCCNCCACCCCCCCCAGGCCCCCCAGGCCCCGGCUCUUCUCUGUCAUCCUCCCCGAUGCACGGCCCCCCAGGAGCUGAAGCAAAGCGUCAGGAGCCUGCACAGCCGCCAAUCAGUGAUGCUCGAAGUGAUCUCCUGGCCGCCAUUCGCAUGG